AUGGCGACGAUGAAGUGGAAGCCGCUCCCCACUUUCAAGGAUGUGCCGGCCUUGUUGGUGUUGCCCGACUUUGGCCUGAACUCUUACACACUGCACGUUACUGAUCUGGCGAAUGUCUGGGUUGAAUCACUAGAUCGAAAGGGUAUUGUGAAACGCAGUCUAAAUGAAGACACCAGUAUCGAUCCUACCGAGGGCUCGGAGCAGAUGUCCAUCUUGUUGACCAAGAUACAGGCCGCUUUUGAUACUUCAUUAGAAGACUACAGUCAAACCAGCCUCACUCUGGCUGCCUCAUCCGAACAUGAAGAAGACGGACUCAGGUUGACGGUCACAUGCAUUCUGCCUGGCGAUUUGAAGCCUCUGAAGUGGCCUUUUCAGUUAAAGAAGGGAUCCUCGGCUUUGGUGACAUCACAGUUGGUGCUUCCUCUGAUUCAGGCGCAACACACCCGUGCUCGGGAGAUCGAAAUGCUCAUCAGCAGUCUCAAAGAGAAAGAUGCCAUCAUUGACAAACUUCUCACAAAACUGGAAAACGAAGGAAUAGGUCUGGACAAUAUCUUCAAUACCCUAACAGGAAAGCGCAAGCCAUCUAGGGAGUUCGCGGAAGAGAAGGUCAGGGGCCUUGGACCUUUCAAAGAAAACGAGUGGCGGUCUAAAAACCUCGACUCUGAGGAAGUUCCGGAUGAUGUGGCCUCGCUCGUUCAGGGAGUCUUCUCGGAGCCUGUUCACUGUGUUGAUAUGGGCUUGACAGCCUCAGAUGAUAUCAGUAGCUGGUGGGCUAGCAUCGGCUCGAAGCCUAUCAGCGGUGUGCAACCGGAAGGGAAGCCAGGGCACGCAGAAGCUUCUAAAGAUGCUAAGACUCACCAGCCGAAGCCCGCCAUAGAUGAGGACGAUGACUUCCAGGUUCAAGCUACACCUCCACACCUAGCUUCGAGAAGGAAAGACAACGCACAGAUUGGCGAUGACACUACGGAUGAAGACGUGGAAGCAAUCCCAGAUAGCCACCCAGCUCCUGCUCAACAUGGGAAAUCCCGCCUGGGUGCUCUUGGUCAGACGAAAGCGACGCAGCCCGUCUCAAGCCAGUCGUCUCGGCAGACAGCAACAGUGGAUGAUGAAACGGAAUCAGAAUCAGAGACAGAAUCAGUAAAAUAUCCGCCACCAAGGAAACCAGCAGCACGCCUCGGUCAGGUCGGCAUUAGACCCAAGCACACCGAACCCCGGAGGGGUUCAUCUCCACAGGCUUCUCCUUCUGUGCAAGCAACCAAAACUGGCGACGAAACUGCUUCAGAGUCGGAUAAAGACGCACCCCCAAAGAUCGCUUCACCUGCGCCUACGAAUGACCCGUCCCCGCCCCCAAAACGGAAGCUUGGCGGGCUUGGGCGGGUUGGAAAUAAAAUGAGGCAAACCUCCGUGUCACCAGAGGAUGAGGCGGCAAGUCCUGAGGCUUCCGGAAGGGAACCAUCCACCUCAGCCAAACCCACGUCUCGAAGGCUGGGAGCAGUUGGAAAAAGGAAAACUGUCCGUGGGGAGUCACCUUCGGGCACGCUUGCUGAAACUGAGAGCGAGGAACAAAAGGCGGAGCGAAAGCGGGCGGAACUUGCAAAGGAACUCGAGAAGAAAGCCGCUGCGCCAGCUAAGAAGAAGCGGAAGUUCUAG